CUAGAUUGUGCGUUUUCGUAUGUCACAUAUACUUAUUUUAACCGUGGUUCUGUUAGCUUGGCUACGCCAAUCCGGAGCAUGUUGGCUAACGCGACCUUGGUAGCGAGAACAACUUGGGUCUCGUGUGGAGACCGGAGACUGGAGAAUAUCUUCAAACUCCGUUCUCUUACCAUACCUCCUAAAGAGCCCUCGUCGAACACCGCUGUCGUCCCACGGCUUGCGGAUUAGACUUUGAAAGUCCGCCGGCGAUUGAAGCUUCUGUAAUCGAGUAUUUUAUUUUUAUCAUAUCGAUGGAAAGGCCAAAGAGCUCAGCUAUCGCUAAAUGGGGAGCAGCGUGUUCGCCAUGUGCUUUGGCAAAAGCCAAAUGCCUUCGUUCGAUCAAUAGGCCGGACGGCAGAUGUGAUAGAUGUGAACGUUUAGAUAAAGAUUGCACCAACCAGAUACACAAGCCGAGGAAAAAGCGACAGAGCCGGCCCUCCAAAACAGCACAGCUUGAGGAGAGACUCAACAGUCUUGUAGAUUUUAUCAGAGCUACCAACCCAGUGGACAUCCCCGCCCCGUUAAGGCAGGGUUCUGGAGCCAAAUCUACUACGCCGUCGUCCCCAAAGGUGACAACAGAUGGGGGGGUAAUACGGAGCCGAGACCAGACAGGCACUACUACUCUGAGUCGAUCAUCACGCUCGAGUUUUGAGCAGCCACGUGCGAUUCCUGACUAUUACAAUGAGCAUGCCCCGCGCAUAUGUGUCUGUCGUACUCAGGCCGGUGAGAGCACCGCUCCGCUUGAGUCUGACGACGUCUUGUUGUCGAUAUUCGUCGACGAACUUGUCCCGAAUUACCCGUUCGUUAUCCUUCCGCCGGGCUUCACGGCUUCGGAAUUGGCGGUCAAAUAUCCUUUCCUAUUCACUACAGUCCGAAUGAUUGCUUCCUACCGUAAUCUAAGCUCGUUGAGAUCGCAGAACUACUUCAUCAUGAGGCACAUAUCCGAGCAGAUGCUGAUGCGUUCGGAGCGGUCGCUAGAAAUCCUCCAAUCAAUUCUUCUGGUUGUGGGCUAUUAUCACUAUCACUGUAUAAUGCACGCGCAGCUGAACAAUCUGAUCGCACUAGCAAACAGUCUGGUAGCCGAUCUCGGCAUCAACAAGCCUCCAGAAGUACAGGACAAGACGAAGAAAAUUUUAAUAUCAACACCUGAUCCCCCCAAAGGUAGGGCGAACGACGAAAGGAGGGCAGUCUGCGGAGUCUGGUAUAUGACCUCAGUCGUCUCGCUCUUGUUACAACGGAUGGAGCCGCCAAAAUUCACACCAUACAUAGAUCAAUGCCUUCGGGAGCUUGAGACGGACCAGGAAUACGAAACCGAUUCGCUCCUCGUUCAUCUGGUACGAAUUCAACACUUGUCUGAGCGUAUUUCACAGCUACAUGUAAAGGAUCAGGACGAUAGCGAAUUGACUGGUAUUGCCCGUGCUUCGAUGGCCGCGUAUUCCAGCGUAUUCCACACGGAAAUAGAGAAAUUUAAGGCUUCAGUGCCUCGUCACCUCUUAUCUAAUAAGCUACUCAUAUGCCAUAUCAAUACGGCCUUUUUACGGUUAUGGGAGCCGCCACGGAUUGAUGCUACGCUCCUCUCCAGGAUUUCAAAUUCGUUGUCAUCCCUAACUCCUGAUUCGGCCUCUUUGCUCGAUAUAUUUUAUAGAUCCGGCAUCGCGCUGAAGUCUUUCUUCGAAGCUUGGCUAUCUUUUGAUAUCACGGAUUACUUCGUCUUACCUAUGCCCGUCUCCGCUCAGCUCAUAAAUGCUGUUAUAAUGCUGGUCCGCUGGUCCAAGUUGACAAGUCCCGACUGCAGUGUUAAGUCUAGCCAAACCGUGGCGGCAAGUUCCAGAUUGACACAGAUAGCGCAAAACGAUCCAGGUUGCAGCACUGUGGCUUCGGUCUCCGCGCCCAACCUCAGCGUCAAAGAUAUAGACCCCGCGAUCCCCGCCGCCGUCCGUACAAUCAGGUCUCAUAUACUUUCUCAGCCCGAGCUGAGGAUAGAUGUUUGUAGCAUCCUACAAGGUAUGGUAACGCGAUUCGAACAGGCGCGAGAAGCCUACGAGAAGAAGAGGGGAUCAACUUUGGAGAACGACAUAUGGGACGUGGCCGCGAGGAAACUCAGGAGUACUCGCAGCAAAGUUGAACGAUGGGCUGAGAUGGUAGCUACCGCAGGUGGUGAAGGCCGCCGGUCCGAAGUAUCAUCAUCAGAUGUGAAUAUGGCUAGAGAAGCUGAUCUCGGCAGCGGUCAAAACAUGGGAGGGAACUGGCCUCCUGUGCCAUCGGAAAUGGACAUUUCUAUGGAAUUUUCGCUGGAAGAGUGGAAUCCUGGUGCUUGGUGGGCGAGUGACUUCUUUGAAGGAUCAGUUAUGGAUCAGAAUUUCUUUGAUGGACCGGGUAAUUAUGGUACGGUUGUUAUGGAUGGCCUGGGGCCCUCAUAGUAUUUUAUGGGUGGCCGAGUUUUUCUUGUUCUUUUGUAUGUUGGCUGAUGGAUAAAAUACCCCUUAUGUUGAAACUGGCGAAGAAUGAGAUGAGCGUGUUAAAAGUCUUUGUGAGAAUUA